AUGCGUGACAUACCCUUCAUUCAUCGAUAUGAGACUCGUGAAGCCCUAGUCAAAGCGCAAGAAGCUACGAGCUGCUUCCCGAGAAUGGACGUCAUUUCGGCAUCCAUCGCUUUCACGCUUCGAAAUAUGUUCCCAACGGCCGAAUUGGAAAUUUAUUCCUUCAAGGGGCACGCUGCCACCUAUUGGCUGUGUAUUCAGCGCUUUUCUGAAAGAACUGCUUUAUUCGGCUGCCAUGACGGAGAGUACGAAGCUGACCUCUAUACAAAAGGACUUCGACAGAUUCUCGCCCAAUCGGUGCUAAUUCAAGGUAUUUCCUAUUCUAAUCUAGGCCAAAUUUUCGUCGAUGAGAUUAUGAUAAAAGAGUCGCUAGCUGUGCUGGCAGAAUGUGGGGUGGGACACGGCCAUCAGGCACCUUAUCUCAUACUCGUCCCGCCAUCGUCACAACCAUUUCACAAAAUUCCACCAAUUCCCCAUGGGUUCACGUUGCGACCCCUAAAUGCCAAUGAUGCUCUUUAUGUGGCCGAUACGUGGAAAUAUUCAGAAGAGGGAGAGGAAGAGGCCCUAAAGCUCCGUUUCGAGGAGCCGAGCGCAGCCCUAAUCGACGACAAAACGGGUCUUCCGGUGGCUUUCUGUUUCCUGGAAUACUAUGGAAUGUUAUCAGGACUCUGGACAGCACCCGAGCAUCGAGGAAAGGGCUUUCGAAACAUUGUCUUCUACGAGAUGCUACGACGAACGGAAGAAAAACGGGGUUUCUGCCCCUCGUAUUCCGUUAACGAUCAGAAUUCGGCUAUGCUACGAUGGAUACCCGAGGAGCACAAACUAUUCUGGCCCGAUGGUUCACUUGUGAAGAUGACGUACGCUCCGAUACACCAUGACGGCAAAUUUAAACCGCCUGUCGGAAUA